UCGAUUUUUGUGGAUGCUUUUGCUGAAGAAAAAUUUAAAGGGUUGGAAAGAGAUGUCAGUAGAAUUUGUGGGCUUUGUCAUGGUCCUAAUAGGCAGGAUAACUUACUAAAUGUUUCCAUAACCUCUUCUGUUUACAUUGAACAGCUAGAGUAUUGUACCUUUUAUUCACUACAGUAUCUUCCACCUAGGGGCCAUACUGUCCAGUGAAGAGGCUGUGCUGCUAGAUUUAAAACAGAGUCUCAAGCUAUUGCUGUCAUUGAUCUUCUAUUUUCUGGCCUGAAAGACAUUCAGGGAAAGAGGAAGAGAUGGCAGUUUCUUGGGGCUCAGUGACCUAUGAAGAUAUAACUGUGAUAUUCACUCAAGAGGAGUGGGCACUAUUGAAUCCUUCAGAGAAGAAACUCUACAGAGAUGUGAUGUGUGAAAACUUGAGGAACUUUCAUUCCCUAGGUAACUCUAACUGCCUUAAAUUUUCAACUAGAAGACAAAUCACUUUUUGUUCACCAAUACAAGAACAUUCCACCAAAGGGCAGCAUAUCUUGCAUGGAAGUAAACAAAGUAAUACAACAGUAGAAAUCUCUGAGGGCAAAGACAGUCAGAAUGCUGGAAUAUCUCAAGAAUGUGAAGUAUACAGCAAAUUAUUCACUUAUCCUAUUCAUCUUCAAAAACACGUAAGAAUUCACAGUGGAGAGAAACCCUAUGAAUAUAAACAAUGUAAUGGAACAUUCAAGAGAUCCAGUCAUCUUUGGAAACAUGAAAAAACUGACAGUGGAGAGAAACCCUAUGAAUGUAAACAAUGUAGUAAAACAUUCAGUUGUUCUAGUCAUCUUCAUAUACAUGAACGAAUUCACAGUGGAGAGAAACCCUAUGAAUGUAAACAAUGUAAUAAAACAUUUAGUUGUUCCAGUCAUCUUCAGAGACAUGAAAGAAUUCACAGUGGAGAGAAACCCUAUGAAUGUAAACAAUGUAGUAAAACAUUUAGUUGUUCCAGUCAUCUUCAGAGACAUGAAAGAAUUCACAGUGGAGCGAAACCCUAUGAAUGCAAACAAUGUAGUAAAACAUUCAGUGAUUUCAGUACUCUUCGGGCACAUGAAAGAAUUCAUAGUGGAGAGAAACCCUAUGAAUGUAAACAGUGUAGUAAAACAUUCAGUGAUUCCAGUCUUCGUCGGAGACAUGAAAGAAUUCACAGUGGAGAGAAACCCUAUGAAUGUAAACAGUGUAGUAAAACAUUCAGUUCUUCCAGUAGUCUUCGGGCACAUGAAAGAAUUCACAGUGGAGAGAAACCCUAUGAAUGUAAACAAUGUAGUAAAACAUUCAGUUCUUCCAGUAGUCUUAGGGUACAUGAAAGAAUUCACAGUGGAGAGAAACCCUAUGAAUGUAAACAGUGUAGUAAAACAUUCAGUUAUGCCAGUAAUCUUUGGGCACAUGAAAGAACUCACAGUGGAGAGAAACCCUAUAAAUGCAAACAGUGUAGUAAAACAUUCAGUGAUUGUAGUAGUCUUCGGAGGCAUGAAAGAAUUCACACUGGAGAGAAACCCUAUGAAUGUAAACUGUGUAAUAAAACAUUCAGUUGUUCCAGUAGUCUUCGGGUACAUGAAAGAAUUCACAGUGGAGAGAAACCCUAUGAAUGUAAACAGUGUACUAAAACAUUCAGUUAUGCCAGUAAUCUUUGGGCACAUGAAAGAACUCACAGUGGAGAGAAACCCUAUGAAUGUAAACAAUGUAGUAAAACAUUUAGUGAUUCCAGUACUCUUCGGGCACAUGAAAGAAUUCACAGUGGAGAGAAACCCUAUGAAUGUAAACAAUGUAGUAAAACAUUCAGUUAUUCCAGUAGUCUUCGGGCACAUGAAAGAAUUCACAGUGGAGAGAAACCCUAUGAAUGUAAACAAUGUAGUAAAACAUUCAGUUCUUCCAGUAGUCUUCGGGCACAUGAAAGAAUUCACAGUGGAGAGAAACCCUAUGAAUGUAAGUUGUGUAGUAAAGCAUUCAGUCAAUCCAUUGGUCUUCGGGCACAUGAAAGAAUUCACAGUGGAGGGAAACACUAUGAAUGUAAAAAAUGUAGUAAAACAUUCGGGCAUUCCAGUCAUCUUCGGAAACAUGAAAGAAUUCACAGUGGAGAGAAACCCUAUGAAUGAAGUGUAGUAAAACAUUCAGUUAUUGCAGUAGUCUUCAGUAGCAAUAACAAUAAAAUCUAUAAUAAAAAUGGAAAAGCAAGGCAACAAAAGGAAUAAUAAAAAAUAAAAACAACAAAUAAAAAUAAGAAAAAGACAAAAACCUUUAUCUUGGUUCAUCACUCAUGAAGUUUUUCCUUUUGCAUUUAGGGAACAGGGGCUUGGAUUUGGUUCUUUUGCAUGGUACCAUGUUCACAGCACUAAACCCUACCACCAAGUCCCCAUUGAAAAAAAUUUUUUAAAUACAGGGUAAGGUUUUGCAUCAUCUAAACUAGAGCCCCCCCCCAAAAAAAAAAAAAAAAAGAAUAUUGGGAGUCAGACUGUAGUGCCAGUGGCACAAAGCCCAAGGACUUCUGGCUGAGAAAUCUGUGGUAUACACACACAAUGGAAUACUAUGCAGCUAUU